UCCCGGCCACGUCUCCGGGCCGAGCAGCAGGAUGGCUGAUCCGGACACCUACCUGCGGCAGCCCUGGCAGAUGGUGCAUGGCAUCCCCAUUGUCAGCGCCUUUGCCCGUGACUGGGAGCGGAUUGACAACUUCCAGAGCCGCCCUGAGGACAUCGUGGUAGUCACCUUCCCCAAAUCUGGCACCACCUGGGUCUGCGAGAUCGUGGACAUGAUCCUGAAAGGCGGUGACCGUGAAAAGUGCAAGCAGGAUGCCAUCAUCAACCGGGUGCCCAUGUUGGAGUUUGCUGCCCCUGGGAAGUUACCAGCAGGCACAGAGCAGCUGGAGGACAUGGCAUCUCCUCGCAUCAUCAAGACCCACAUCCCAGCUUGUAUCUUGCCCAAGUCCUUCUGGGAAAACCGCUGCAAGAUGAUCUACGUGGGGCGCAAUGCCAAGGAUGUGGCUGUCUCCUUCUACCACUUUGACCUCAUGAACAAACUUCACCCACACCCUGGGACAUGGGCCCAGUACCUGGAGGAGUUCAUGGCUGGCAGAGUGGCGUAUGGCUCCUGGUAUGACCAUGUCAAGGACUACUGGGAGCGGAGGAAGGAGCAUCCUAUCCUUUACCUCUUCUACGAGGACUUGAAGGAGGACCUGCGCCGGGAGGUUGUCAAGGUGGCCCAGUUCCUGGGGCAGCAGCUGCCAGAGGCAGUGCUGGAUGCCAUCAUCCAGCACACCUCCUUCGAAGCCAUGCGGGACAACCCCACCACCAACUACACCAUGUUGCCCUCCCACAUCAUGGACCACGGUGUCUCCCCCUUCAUGCGCAAAGGCACCACUGGAGACUGGAAGAACCACUUCACGGUGGCCCAGAGCGAGCGCUUUGACCAGGACUACGCAGAGAAGAUGUCAGGCACCGACCUGCGCUUCCGCACCCAGAUCUGAGGAAGCUCUGGAGGACGCUGCCUCGAAUCCAACCUGUGACAAUGGCACUGCCACCACUCUGGAAAGAAAUAAA